AUGGCGGCGCCCAUGAGCGACUGCCGCGAGGCGUUGGAGGGCAUGGAGGCCGCCGGCCUACCCGGCGGGGCGGCUCCGUACGGGAACUUCCCCGACUACGCUCGCUUCCACCCGCCGGAGGGACGCGUCCGCCUCCUGCCUGCCGGGCUGCUGGGCCGGCUGUUCCCAAAUCACCCGGGGAGGCCGCUUCUGGGGCUGGACGUAGGGUGCAACUCCGGGGAGCUCAGCAUUGCCCUCUACAGACAUCUUCUUGGACUGCAAGACAACAGAGACAGCCCAGAAGGUUCUACGGGUGGGAAGGACCUGAGCCUCCUUUGCUGUGACAUCGAUAGUGAGCUGAUCGAGCGAGCCAAGCAGCAAAGCCCCUUCCCUGGCUCCGUGUCUUAUGUCACCCUCGAUAUCAUGGACCCCGAUACCAGGGAGCCUCUGCUGCACUCCUAUCUGAGCGAGUUUGGAUGCUCCGCUUUCGACAUUUGCUUCUGCAUGUCUGUGACCAUGUGGAUCCACCUGAAUCAUGGGGACAGUGGCCUGGCGGUGUUCUUGUCCUGCCUCGCCUCCAAGUGCACGUACCUGCUUGUGGAACCACAGCCGUGGAAGUGCUACCGAGCUGCCGCCCGGCGCCUGCGGAAGCUGGGCAGGAAUGACUUUGACCACUUCCGCUCGCUCGCCAUCAACGGGGACAUGGUGGAGAAGAUAACCCAAAUCUUGACCCAAGACUGUGCCAUGGAGCUUCUGUGCUGCUUCGGGAACACCAGCUGGGACAGGAGCCUUUUGCUUUUUAAAUCCACAUCUGUUGCAAAGUGAGAACACCACUUUGCUGGGAGAACUGGAGGUGAUUCACAAAUAUUUCAUUCAUUAAGGGCAAAGAAGGUGUUGGGUAAAAUGCAUCAUCACAUUCAUAAACUUGUUUCUACAGCACAAACAGAGGCCGUUGAAGACGGUUUUAUUUAG